AUGAGCUCUGGACCCAGCAUACAAAUUGAGACAUCCAAUCUUCUCGAGGUAAAGAUACGAUCCGAUGACGGAACUGCUUCGGCAAACGCCGACACGUUUUUUGAUUCCUACCCCCCACCAAUCAUGUCUAUACGCGCUCUUCCUCCCACUCUGUGCCUCGUUUUGCAUUACCAUGUCAGCUGGCUCGAUCCGUUUGAUCCAGGCGGGGGCUGGAACGAGGCGAUGGAUCCACGUCAAAUUCGUAGGGGGGCUCAGACAAUGAAAUUUGCUGCCGCCGGAUGGUUCGCGGUGGUGAUUUCCCGGAUAAAAUGUGAUAUCAUGCGUCGUGGUCAACUCAAGGAGGGGAGAGUACUACCUGUGCAGCCACCACAGGAUCCUGGAUUAUACCCUAACCCUGGAGAGUACGGGGGCCGACACCUAAUUUUCCGUGACAACCUUGAGGCCAAUUCAGACAAAAAUGACCAAAAUCUGAACAAUUUGGGCAUUAUCCGGGCUCCUGAAAGCAACCUUUACCGCAACGCCAUAUUCAUGCAGACGUGCCAGCCGCAGAUCAUAACCAGAACAAACUCCCACGACAUAUACUCCGUUUUCACCGGUCUCGUCAUAGAGAUCGCCCCAUUGCGGUCAUCCUCGGCUUGGUUACCAUUCUCGCCUAUCAUUUUUUCCUUACGCGUUCUGCUGGUACCCACCGGGACAAUGGCUGACCACUCGGCUUCUGUGAUACAUACUUCUUCUCUUUCCGGAAACAAAGGUGAAGAGUGGCUAUUCUCUUCGUGGACCACAAAACACGCGCGAGCAAGAAUCCAUGCUCCCUUUCUUUGGAUCGCUUGGUAUCUGCGCAAGACGACAUAUGACGUAACAUGGACCAUAGUUAUAACGCGUACUACCAGACAAGUCUGGAGCAAGACAACCUUCGAAACAGCCGAUGUCUUUUUUACAAUGGCUCGCUGCCCCCUCCGGUUCUACUAG